GUUAAGUUGGUAGCGUUGACGUUUUACAAUGGACGCUAAAUGCUAUAUUAUUGAAAUUUAAUAUUAGUGCAAAAUAAUAAUAAGUUUCCACAAAUAUCUAAAAUUUCCUAUCCGGAUUAUUACAUAAAAUGCCUGUGCGAAGAUCAGCAGAUCCGCUGAGUGUCCAAUAUGUUUGGGAUGCUAUUAAGUAUUCCAAUCAGCAGAAACAAGUGGCCGACUUAGGUCGCAUUGUAAAAUUCAUCCAAAAGGUGGCAAACUGUUCACAAACGCAAGCAGAACUAUAUAUUAAACAAACAAUUGAUGAUGAUAUGAUAGUGGAAGUAAAAAAGUUGGUUCAUAAGGGUAAUAAUAUUGGGAGCGAAGUGGAAAGUUACAAAAUUAACAGACCAGAAGAACUUGAAACACCUACAAAUGAUGGUUAUGAUUGGUAUUGUAUAGAAUGUCAUUUGGGCGGAGACGUGAAUACAUGUAGUAAGUGCUACAGAGUAUUCCACUUGGAAUGUUCUACAAAUGCAAGACAUAAGCACACAUUUUUCCCCAAAGCAAAGUACUUGAAUACUGUGGAUAAUCCAACAACUGUGGCAACUGAAAGUAUUGAGCCUGCACCAGAUGCAGAUAAAAAAGAAGAAACAGAAUCUAGUGUUGUGGAAGAAACAAAGGAGAAUGACGAGGAAAACAGUGGGAACAAAGUAAAUAGUCAUAGCAGUGCUGAUUAUAUUUACGAUGAGACAUUGUGCAGUCAUUGCAAUUUAGAAGCUUCUGAUCCAGGAAGUGGCCUUGACAAAGAAGAAUUUAAUUACUUAUUGAAUUUCAUUCAUCUUAGAAUUAAAUCCUGGGUACCGGAACAAUUGACGAGUACUUUAACAUUGGAGCAAAAAUAUGAAUGGUAUACACCAUCUGAAUUGAAAUGGAGGAGUACCCAAUUAUUUUAUCGCCAUAUAGAUAUGUCAAUUGUGGAAUCAAAGAUUCAAUCAAAUGAUUACGAGAAAUUUUCAGAAUUCCAAGCGGACGUGGUAACAAUGCUACAUAACGUAGCCAUCUUUCAUGGUGUGGAGUCCCAAGAAUUCGGUGCCGCCGAAUUGAUGUUGAGAGAUAUGAAAUACGAUAUAUCCGAGUUACAAAACUGCGUUGACUGCUAUAAACACAGUAAUGAGAAAAUUAAUGAUAAAUGGUUCUGCUUACCAUGCAGAGUGCCGCAUCAGCUGGUAUGGGCUAAACAGAAGGGAUACCCUUAUUGGCCAGCUAAGGUACUAAGAGAAACUGAUACAACUUACGACGUACGGUUUUUCAGUGGUAAAUAUGAACGAUCAAUUUUACCAAAAAAUUGCAUUAAACCCAUAUCGACGAGUUUGUCUCAGUUGAAUGUAAAAAAGUCUUUUGCAUUUAAUAAAGCGGUGGUGGAGCUAAAUUUACAUCAAAAGUUAUUGGAUAAUCCGACGGAAGUUGCGAAAAUCCUUUCAGUUAAGAAACCAAAAAAAGCGAGUAAACCGAAAAAAAGUCUAUCUCCAAUUGUACAAAAAUCUAAUGCUGCUAAACCUGUGAAGACCUCCAGCACUGACGACAUUUACGAGUUUCAUGAUUCACCUUCUGAUUUCGGUGAAAAGAGUAAUGAUGGACUUGGCACUAAACGGAAGCAAUCGUACAACUCAGAAUCUCCACUAUCUAAACCAAAGAAGAAAUUACUUACAACACCGUUAAAAACAAAUAAUCAAAAAACACCCAACAAAGAUCCUCCACAAGACGUUCCAAACAUAUCAGACGUAGAUGUAGACGAGGAGAAAAAUGAGUCAUUUCAAUUUCCACAAGAAAAUUGUGAUUUCAGUGAUGGUGGUCAGGAACAAGUCACAAGUUCAACAGAAUUAGUGCGAGAAGAUACGUAUAAUUCUAGAGAAGGAACUGAUACUGGGAUGCAGAAACUCGAUCAGCCAUAUAGUGAUGCAGUUGAAAGGAUGAGGCGCAAGUUGGAACAGUGCAAAGAUAAGAAGCAACUUAUUUUACAAGCUAUGGAUUGCAUGCAGAUAGAGACUGAUCGUAUAACAAAUGAACACAAUGACACGUUGAAAAAAUUAUUUGAAGCACACAACACACAAAUUUCAGAAACAAAAAAGAAACAAUGGUGUUUCAAUUGUGAGCAAGAUGCAAUAUACCAUUGUUGUUGGAAUACGGCGUAUUGUUCUCCAUCGUGUCAACAGCAGCAUUGGCAGGCAGAGCACAAAAAAGUCUGCAGACGUAAGCGGUAGACAGGAAGGAAGAAAGGAAGUAAACAAGUUGUUAUAUAAAAAAAAUAUAUAUUAUUCUUAGAUAUUUUAUUGACAAAAAAAAAGCCAAUCCACAAAAUCCAAGAAUUUAUCAUCUGCAUUGGCAU